ACCUUGGCUCGACGUCAGAGCCUGUGCAGCAGUGCAGUAUAAUGGGAGCGCAAGCAACCCAGAGCGCCUCAUAGGGGGCUGUAUAUCGCUGCUGUAUCCUCUGCUUGGCACUCUCUAGCCCCUCUCCAAACCCUCUCCAGUACCUUACCUACAGCCCAUGCUUGGGCUCCCCCCUCCCCACUGGAUCCGUACCCUUCGACAUGGAUGUCCCGCCGUCCCUCGACCGGGAGGAUUGUUGUUUCUUGGCGCAGUGAAGGAGGAGAAGGGGAAGGAGUCAUGCCGGGACUGCUAAUGGAUUUAGGGAAAGCGCAAGUGACCAUGCCGUGAUCUUGCGCAUCCAGGGCCGCCGUCACCCUGCCUUGCCCAACGAGCGUAGAAGAAUUACGGGGGAAUCGAACCCGCGCACCGGGGGGAUUAAACCACUGUGCAUUUUUUAAAAACAACAUGAAGAUUACCUCCCAUCAUCUGAUGAUAAGCAGUCUCGUUUUCAGGUCCAACCUCAGGCUGAUCCCGCUUCUGCUGCUGUUUCUUGGUUACUCUCGCGGGAUGCCACACGUUUUAAGAUUUGGAGGAAUAUUUGAAUCCAUUGAAAGCGGCCCUUCUGGAGCAGAGGAACUAGCCUUUAAAUUUGCCUUGAACACAAUCAACAGGAACCGCACCUUGCUCCCCAACACCACGCUUACCUAUGACAUCCAGAGAAUAAACAUCUUUGACAGCUUUGAGGCUUCCAGGAAAGCAUGUGAUCAGCUUUCCCUCGGAGUGGCGGCCAUUUUUGGCCCCUCACACAGCUCGUCGGCCAACGCCGUCCAAUCCAUCUGCAAUGCUUUGGGAGUGCCCCACGUCCAGACCAAGUGGAAGCAUCAAGUGUCAGACAACAGGGACUCGUACUAUGUCAGCCUGUACCCCGACUUCUCCUCCCUCAGUAGAGCCAUCCUUGACCUGGUGCACUUUUUCAAGUGGAGAACAGUCACUGUGGUGUAUGACGACAGCACAGGUACAGGUCUCAUUCGACUGCAGGAGCUGAUUAAGGCGCCGUCACGAUACAACAUUCGUUUGAAGAUCCGACAGCUGCCCACAGAGACCAAGGAUGCCAAGCCACUUCUGAAAGAGAUGAAGAAAGCAAAGGAGUUCCAUGUCAUCUUUGAUUGUGGACAUGAGAUGGCUGCAUGGAUCCUAAAACAGGCCCUGGCCAUGGGUAUGAUGACAGAAUACUACCAUUAUAUUUUUACUACCCUGGACCUUUUUGCCCUCGACAUGGAACCGUAUCGUUUUAGUGGAGUCAACAUGACCGGGUUCCGCAUUCUCAACACAGAAAACUCUCAGGUGUCGUCAAUCAUCGAGAAGUGGUCAAUGGAGCGGCUACAAGCCCCGCCCAAACCAGACUCAGGUCUGCUGGAUGGAUUCAUGACGACGGAUGCAGCGCUGAUGUACGACGCCGUGCAUGUGGUGGCAGUGGCGGUGCAGCAAUCGCAGCAGAUCACAGUCAGCUCUCUGCAGUGUAAUCGCCACAAGCCGUGGCGCUUCGGGGGGCGUUUCAUCAGCCUCAUCAAAGAGGCUCAUUGGGACGGUUUGACAGGACGUGUUCUCUUUAACAAGACCAAUGGACUGAGGACAGAUUUCGACCUGGAUGUCAUCAGUCUGAAGGAGGAUGGGCUGGAAAAGAUUGGAACAUGGGAUCCUCCCAGCGGUCUGAAUAUGACAGAGUCUCACAAAAGCAAGACAUCCAACAUCACAGACUCUCUGGCUAACAAAUCCCUGCGUGUAUCCACCAUACUGGGGGAGCCAUAUGUGAUGUUUAAGAAGUCAGACAAGCCUCUGUAUGGGAACGACCGUUUCGAGGGCUUCUGUAUCGACCUGCUGAGGGAGCUUUCUGGCAUCCUGGGCUUCCGCUAUGAGGUGCGAUUAGUGGAAGAUGGGAAGUACGGAGCGCUGGAUGAGAGCACGGGCCAAUGGAACGGCAUGGUGCGGGAGCUAAUGGACCACAAAGCAGACUUGGCAGUGGCUCCUCUGGCCAUCACCUACGUCAGAGAGAAGGUCAUCGACUUCUCGAAGCCCUACAUGACGCUGGGGAUAAGUAUCCUGUACCGCAAGCCCAACGGCACCAACCCCGGGGUCUUCUCCUUCCUCAACCCCCUCUCGCCCGAUAUCUGGAUGUAUAUUCUGCUGGCUUGCUUGGGUGUCAGUUGUGUGCUGUUUGUCAUAGCCAGGUUUAGCCCUUACGAGUGGUACAACCCGCAUCCAUGCAACCCAGACUCGGAUGUAGUGGAAAACAAUUUUACGCUGCUCAAUAGUUUCUGGUUUGGAGUUGGGGCUCUCAUGCAGCAAGGCUCAGAGCUCAUGCCCAAGGCCCUGUCAACUCGAAUAGUGGGAGGCAUCUGGUGGUUCUUCACCCUUAUCAUCAUUUCCUCAUAUACGGCCAACUUGGCUGCCUUCCUCACUGUGGAGAGGAUGGAGUCGCCCAUAGACUCAGCCGAUGACCUGGCCAAGCAAACAAAAAUCCUGUACGGGGUGGUGGAGGACGGCGCCACCAUGACCUUCUUCAAGAAAACUAAAAUCUCCACCUACGACAAGAUGUGGGAGUUCAUGAAUAGCAGGAGGCAAUCUGUGAUGGUCAAGAACGUGGAAGAGGGCAUCCAGCGCGCCUUGACCUCAGACUAUGCCUUCCUCAUGGAGUCCACCACCAUUGAGUUUGUCACCCAGCGCAACUGCAACCUCACACAGAUUGGAGGCCUCAUAGACUCCAAAGCCUACGGAGUGGGAACACCUAUGGGCUCCCCGUACAGAGACAAGAUCACGAUAGCCAUUCUGCAGCUGCAGGAGGAAGGGAAGCUGCACAUGAUGAAGGAAAAGUGGUGGAGAGGGAACGGCUGUCCCGAGGAGGAGAGCAAAGAGGCCAGCGCUCUGGGGGUGCAGAACAUCGGCGGGAUCUUCAUCGUGCUGGCUGCAGGACUGGUGCUGUCGGUGUUUGUGGCUGUAGGGGAGGUGCUUUACAAGUCUAAGCAGAAUGCCCAGCUGGAAAAGCGAUCAUUUUGCAGCGCCAUGAUGGAUGAGCUUCGUGUGUCUCUGAAGUGCAAACGCCGCCUCAAACAGAAGCCUCAGCCGCCCGUCAUCGUUAAGACAGAGGAGGUCAUUAACAUGCACACGUUCAACGACAGGAGACUCCCAGGAAAGGAAACCAUGGCAUGAACGCUGAGCAUACCCCGAACACACCCCUUGAUAAAAACCAUGGAGGGGAGACGGGGUCAAAUGAAUGCGUACUUAACCGCAGACUAAGGGUUAGUAGUCAAAACAGGAUUCCUUUCGAACCCACUUGCUUAUUUAGAUGGAUGUUUCCUGUGGAAAUAUAGAUACCUGAGCAGUGUCACCUCACUGUGACGUUCAUUUUUUGAAGGGAGCUGGAAAGGAAGGACUCAAAAGUAUGUAAAUUGAAAAGGGAUCCAAGCAGGUUUGGGUCCAAACAUAAGUCUGGUCCACACUAGAAGUGGACUUAAACACAUACACAUAACAUAUACUGUAUACACACACACCCACACACCCACACACACACACACACACACACACACACACGUACACACUCUCAUCUGACACACCUGUUCAGAAGGGAAAACUCCAUUGUGACAGUAACACCAGAUGUAGUUUUUCUGUUGAUGUCAAUGCCCUUUUGUCUUACCUCCAUGUGUGUUUGACCCCAUCGGUCCCUCCCGUCAGUGGCUUGAGUUUCUUUCAAAUGAUUUAAACAAACACUAAUCUCACAUCAACAAAGGGAACGGUAGUCAGUGCCAAAUGGUUUACUAUGAACCAAUGUAUAAAAGUGAUGUUUAGUUUGGAAUCACCUAUGCUGACCUUGUCAAAUACUCAUUGUUUUCUUUUGUAAUGCCUUUCUCGUGCCAAAGUUCGGCCAUUGUGAAGAACUUAGUUUCUACCAUGCCUGUUAUUAUGUUCAAAGCCUCUACAAGCAAUGUAUACUGUCAAAGUCCUUAUUCAUGUCCAUCCGUACACGCGGUCUGCAGUUUUCACUGUAUCAGUUGUUGUUUAAAAAUGCAGGAUUUCUACAAAAAAUGUUUGUUUUUGUACAAGAACAAGAGGUUUUGUAGUACUUUGUAUCAUGGUAGCCCCUCCUGAGGACAAAAUAUGUAGCAGAUACCUACUCAGCCCUCAAAUUCUGUCAACUAGUGGCUGUGGGGCUUCAAACUCUGCUGUGUAGGGUUCAUUUCUUUCAUCAAUCAGAGAUUUAGUCUUUUGUCUGUCAGUAUCAAGGGGCCAAAUGUUGCUUGUGAAAGUAAACAUGUAAACAAUGUUGUUACCAGGCUACAUUUUAGCCCUCGUUAACAGCAGACAAUUCAAGUUUUAUCAUGGGAUCUUUCACAGUAUCGAGUCCUAAAAGUCCUACUUAAGACAUAAUGAGUCAAACUGCUGCACUAGAAGAAGAAAAACAUCACUUGAUAGGAGAAAAGUAUUGAAACUAGUUGACGUGAUUGAAAAGAAAAAGGUUGAAAUAAUCCCACAGGACUGACAGAUUAUGUUUUAGAAAAAGAAGACUUGUAGAUAAAUGUAGAUCUUUGCAUUGUGGACAGGCAGUGAAAAUUAAUUAUUGGCUAUGAAUAAAACAUAAGUCUCAACCCAAGGUCCAUUUAGUAGCUGGUGUGCAGCUUUCGGUCAUAUCAUGAUCUUCAUCAGCAGCAUUUAAGAUUUGCUCAGUUGUCAUGUCAACAUCUAAUUGUCAUUGUCAACUUUUGAGCCCACAUGGAUGAGAACUCCUAAAAGUUAAAAAAAUGGAAAAUUGUAACAUCUACCAUUUCAACUGAGCAACUCUUUUCUGCUGAGGAAGAUCAUGUAAAAUAAACGAAAGCCCUAGUGCAGCUACUAAGUGGUAUUUAACUGCUGUUUCCAUGGCCAGGAAUGGAUUUUAAACCUCAGUGAUGGGCGACUUGUGAAUGUAUGUAACAACUGCAGUAAAUGUGAUGUGGGAAUAAUCAGCAGCUUUGAGGCACUUCCUGUUUGUUACCAUAGUAAAUGUCUCACCUUGGCUUGUUGCUUCGACCAUGUUCCCUUAAGGGGACUUGAGUGACACAGGGGGCAUGUUGUUGAUGAUAACCUAUGGGCGGAGCAGAUCAUUUAUCCACUAAUUGUCUCCAGAUUCUCGUCACUUUAAAGUGCCACAAUCACAUUUGGCCCCACAACACUUGUCUGUUAACUCUGUCCCAUGUUGUGAAAUAACAAGCAUACUUGGUAGCUUACUUCUUCACUGCCCCUGUCUUCUUUAACUAGGUAAUCAUUGGAUUGGUUAUUCCAGGGAUUUCAGAAACAAAAAAGACACAGAAUGCUAGUGAUGACAUCUCUGCUGUACAUGAAUGGAUUUAGUCAAUGACUUAUUUAAAACAACCACAUAUACACAUUAAGAAAAAUUGACAGGGAAGACAUAAAUCCUGAAACUCGUUGGCGUUCUAUCAGUGCUGCUUGUCAUUUUUCCAUGCAGCUAAAUCUAGUGGCGCAAGCUGAAGUGAUUGAAUACCUGGAUACAUUUAUUAAAAAAAACGAUUUCAAAGGCUUGGCUGUCCUGUCGAAUACAAAUAUGAGCUCAUUAAAUUUGACAUUGAUGCAAGGUUUUACAAAUAAUGUCAUUAAAAAUGUCAUAAUUGUA